CUACACAACUACCCGCCAUUUCUACGUCUCUUCGCUGUCUCCCCUCCCUUUCUCUCUCUCCCUCUCCCAACUUAGAUGAGACGAACGCCGUCGUACGGACGCCGCAACCACAGCUCCGAUGCUCGGGGCACCCCUGACCACCUCCCCUACGCAUCCCCCGCCCUCUCAUCCUACUCCGACGCCUCAACUGCACGCAAGUCCAGUGCAGUCUCCGUCGUCGCUCGUUCCGUCGUCGGAGCCUUCGUCGGCUGCUUCACUCCUCCCGAACCCAAGAGCUCCGCCAGCUUCGCUGACUCCUCGGAGGAGUUCAGACCUCCCUCCGUGUUUUCGGAUGCGUCCGGAGCUAGAAGUGAGAGGAGACGCGCCUCUGGUUCGAGCAGGGGAGCUACGAACAACUCGAGACAUGAGAGACAGGUCGGGUGUGUGAAGUUCACCAUGGAUGAAAUCUACAGAGCUACGAACAACUUCUCUCCCUCUGUUAAGAUCGGACAAGGCGGCUUUGGGACUGUGUACAAGGGGAGGCUCGACGAUGGAACCUUAGUUGCUAUUAAGCGUGCCAAAAAGAGCGUGUAUGACAAGCAUUUGGGUGUGGAAUUCCAGAGCGAGAUUCGAAUGUUGUCGCAGGUGGAGCAUUUGAAUCUGGUAAAGUUUUAUGGGUAUGUGGAUUAUGAAGAUGAGAAAGUUGUGGUUGUGGAGUAUGUUCCUAAUGGAACACUUAGACAACAUUUGGAUUGUAUGCAGGGCAACAUUCUUGAUCUUGCGGCGCGACUUGACAUUGCAAUCGAUGUGGCUCAUGCUGUCACCUAUCUUCAUAUGUACACAGAUCAUCCGAUAAUCCAUAGAGACAUCAAGUCUUCCAACAUUCUCCUAUCAGAGAAUUUGAGGGCGAAGGUAGCUGACUUUGGUUUCGCUAGGCUUGCAGCUGAUAGUGAUUCAGGUGCCACUCAUGUGUCUACUCAAGUUAAAGGAACUGCUGGCUACUUGGACCCUGAGUACCUCAGAACCUAUCAGCUUACAGAUAAGAGUGAUGUAUAUUCAUUUGGUGUGUUACUAGUUGAACUAGUAACAGGCAGGCGUCCGAUUGAAUCAAAACGGGAACUCAAGGAACGGAUAACAGCAAAAUGGGCUAUGAAGAAGUUUAGUGAAGGAGAUGCUCUUUUAAUUUUGGAUCCCAGGCUGGAAAAAAAUGCAGCCAAUAAUUUAGCCAUUGAAAAGAUUCUUGAAUUGUCCUUGCAAUGCUUGGCUCAACGCAGACAGCACCGGCCUAGCAUGAAGAGGUGCAGUGAGAUCCUCUGGAGCAUCCGCAAGGACUAUAAAGAGAUCUCAGCUCCAGAGUUUCGUUCAUCUUCCACCCGUUCUCAAAGGAGCGCUUCAACUAGAGAAGAGUAACCACACUAGUAGAGCUUCAAGUGAAGGCGCCAAAUGAAUACACUAGUAACCACAGCAAGCAAGUUUUGCCAAUAUGUGAGUAAGCGUCAGUAGAAAGCAAAAUAAUAUCUUGAUAAUUGGAUCUGAUGCCUUUGCAUUAAAACAUACAAUCAGUUUGUUAGGAGUGGUGUAUAGCAUACCAAGAUUGAUAUUUCACUAUGCUUCUUUUUGAGUGUUUUUAGUUUCUUAAGUUUUUGUUUUCUAUUCUUGAAGGUUUGUGUAAAGAAUAAACAGAAUUGUAUCAAGCUGUUGAAUACCAUAUAGGACUCGAUACACCAUUAUAUAGUGCAAAUAAGUGAAUAACUUUUGUACUUGUA